AUGCCUCCAUGUUUUUCUGAUCAGAGCUACUUGUUUAUCAGAAGGGAAUUCAGCCUCUAUUGGAGCAGAAGUUUCUCAAGGAUAUCUUUACCGCGACUCCAACAAUCUCGAUGGGUUGAAAGUCUCAUCCAUCGUCUUGUCAUCGUGUGCCAUGAAAGCACCUGUCAGCUUGAUGUUUUAUCUCAGCCAUUUGCAAUUAGUGAAAAAACCCAGGAAAAAAGGAGCAUUGCCACAAGAAAUGAGGUAAAGUAUCAUGACCUAAAAAAGCCGGAUCAAUAA